CUGCCAACCUUCUGAUCGGCAAAUCCAAGAGGAUCAGUGGUUUAGACUACAGCGCCACCCACUUCUCUUUGGUUAGACUUCAGAGGUGAGCCAAAAUUAAUAAACUGGAAUUCAUCCCAAUCUGAUACAGAUUUCUUUUCUAAUACCUUUAACGGGUUAGAUUGACCAAAUCUAUUUACCAAACAUAAAAUUCGGAAAGCUUAACUUCAAAACGUUAAAUUUGUGUGUAUGUGUGUGCAUACUGAAAAUAAAUAGCUCGCCCAUAUGCUAUACAAAGCUAGUUCUUAAAUACAAUAAUUUCAAAACUCAGCAUGACAAGGAUAGCUACCUGUGGCAUCAAAGCAAGAAAACAAUGCAAAUCUGGCAUUCUAUCAUCCAAGUAGAUAUUGGGGUGAAAAUUACAUUAUUACGGGGGAAUGCAAUGCAAUGCACACAGUUAUAAGAACUCAAAGUCAGCCUGUUUAAAAACCUGUUUAAAAGGUCCUCCUGUAUAUACAAAGUAGAUUCAUUAGAACGCAAAGUAUGGAUUUUGAGCCCACAACCUUGGGGAGAGGAGGCAUAAAUAUAAAUUAGCUGUUUACUGCAUAGAUAAUAAUCAAAGCUAAAUUCCAAACUAAUGUUGAGCUAAAGAGGGAGAGGCAUACAGAAUGUGCCGCCGCCUUCUUUUGGACAAAUAUUUUGCCCCACUUUGCAAAAGUGUUCAGAUGUGUUGGCAAGAGUCGUGAACAGCCCUCCCUUGCCAGGGCAACUAGGUCCACACUCCUGGCCUCAGUUCUGUCAUUCUUAGGCCGCAGCCCUAUGUACACAUACCUGGGAGUAAGUCCCCAUGGGGCAUACUUCUGAGCAGACAUGAGUAGCAUUAAAUUGUUGGGGCAGAAUGGGGACGCUGGUGUGGACGCACACCCAGCUCCUCAUCCCAAAGCAGUGCAGAUGAACAAUGUCCAUAUCCAGAUGUGCCGCUGAAUACAGAUGACUUCUAUCCCCACUUCGGAGGAAUGUACCAGAAUGCAUCAUCAGAAUGGGUGCUCAUCCCCAUUCACAUUACAGUUGUACCUUGGUUUUAGAACAGCUUAGUUUAUGAACAACUUGGAUUAAGAACGCUGCAAACCCGGAAGUAGGUGUUUUGGUUUGUGGACUUUGCCUUGGAAUAAGAACAUGUUUCGCUUCCUGUUGUGUGUGUUCCAUUUGUAAAUUGAGUCUCCCGCUGCUAUGCGAAAGCACACCUGGUUUAAGAACGCUUUGGUUUAAGAAUGGACUUUCUGAACUGAUUAAGUUUGUAAACCAAGGUACCACUGUAUGUCCGAACUAGUCAUGCAGACCUAUGCACAACUAAGGCUCGAUGGGCGCAAAAGGUCGGCGGACAAUGAAACUGUUAAUUAACUUCUCAGUUAAUUAUUUCUGGUACUGAUACAAGCUCUCUUCCCUGUGGUUUUUAGUGGCUUCCUCCAAUAAGAGAUCCAGGAUAUACAAGCUAUUACAAGGCGAACAUUUUCAAUCAGUUCCCCCCACCUGCAUUUUUUACAAGACAAUAUAGAAUUGAUUGGUGUUUUUCUUUUUUUAUUUAUGUUGACAUAAUAACUAUUUCCUUCUCAUUUCCUGCUGUCUCUUUUUUCCACCAGUCGUGAUGGAUGCAGUGCGAACAACAUUUGCACAGUAGAUUGCUAGCACUCAGCUCUCUUCUACAAAUAUCUCUCCCAACUAGUAACUAGCUGAUGAUUGCAGGGGAAGGAAGUGUACCAGAACAAUGAACACCAGAUAAAUCAUUGUCAACUUGAGCUAGUGAUCUCUUCCAGAUGCGAACGCUCCAGUGCAUAUCAAUAGAUGAAGCUACUCUGCGGAAAGGUUUUGGAAGCAUCCAGGGGGUAAAGGCCUCAAUUAAGAUAGUCACAGCCUGCUGCAUUUUUAACUUCUAACAAUGCUCGGGAAAACCAUCUGGAAAUAGUCUGGAUAUAUAUAAAGAAACAUUUGAAAACUGCAGGAUAUGUGGGAACCCGGCAUCGCUGUAAUUAUAUGGAUGAAGAGGUGAACUAAUCAUCACCAAAUUUUAAAGGAAAGUGUCUAUGACCCUGACAGAAAUAUGCUGCGCAGGAAAGAAUGGGAAAGGAGAAAUCAGGAGACCCAGCACGAAGAUGGCAUAUUUAAUAACAGCUACUCCCUCUUCAGUGAGCCAUACAAGACUAACAAAGGGGACGAGCUCUCCAGCCGUAUCCAGAAUACCCUGGGCAACUACGAUGAGAUGAAAGAACUGCUGACUGAUCGAUCCAAUCAAAGCCACCUUGUUGGUGUUCCAAAGCCAUGUAUCUCACAAACGUCUGUGACCAAAGCUGAGGAACACUUCAUUGCUGACACAAAGCCCCACACUCACGCUUCUCCAUCUUCCCUACCAGCGGCACUUUCUGGGCAGUUGGGCAAGAACCCUGCAAUGGGUUGGCAGAAGUCUGGGCACACCCUGGAGAACCAGCAAAGGGGAAGCAAACAUAGACAUGGAUUGCCGGAUGCACACAAUAACGACUUUAAAACGGUUAGCCAAAAGAACAGUUUAGAAAAGAUUACACAUUACGCAUCCAAUCCCUCAUCACCAUCUCCGUCGAGUGUUGCCCAAAGUCCUUUAUCGUCUUCACUUGGGAACAACAGCAGAACACAACAGCAGCUGUCAAAGCUGAGUUUUGGUGGAGAAGGUGGAGCUCAAGCUCAGGAGAGGCCAGCUAUGCAUAGCAAUGGACACUGUGUGCAGAACUUUCCUCCUUCACUUGCUUCGAAGCUCAGCAUAGUUCAGCAGAAACCAACAGCAUAUGUAAGGCCAAUGGAUGGUCAAGAUCAGGCUCCUGAGGAGUCUCCAAGAUUGAAGGUGCCAGCUGAAACUAGCCUGCUCUGCACCUCAUAUAGAGGAAUGCCUUCUGCCAAAGCUGACUCAGCUAGGACAAAGUCAAAAUUGGCAAAAUUUAAUAUUCCCAAACAAGAAGAGGACAAUGGGGAAGGAGAUGACAGCUGCGUUGAAGAAAUUUUACGGGAAAUGACCCAUUCAUGGCCUCCGCCACUUUCUGCUAUUCACACACCUGGCAAAGUGGAACAAAACAAGUUUCCUUUCACCAACAAGGACUCCCAGCAGCAUGUCUCUACGGGGCACAGCAAUCAAAGAAAAGGUGAUGUUGAAUCAAAGAAUCCAGAAAACAGUACAUCACAUACAUCGAUGUUAGAAGAUGACCUCAAGUUGAGCAGUGAUGAAGAGGAGAACGACCAGCAGGCAGCACAGAGAUCUGCUCUCCGGGUUCUAUCCGACAGCACCACUGUGCAGCAGUCCAGCUGCAGGAUCGCGGGGAUCACCAGCAAGUGCUCAAGCAGCAGCAGCUCCAGUGAAUCUGAGAGCAGUUCAGAAUCCGACUCAGAGAGUGAAAGCAGUUCUACCGAGAGCGACAGCAAGAAGCCCUCUCAUUACUCCAGCCCAGAGCCUGAACAGCCAUCGUCAAACAAGUGGCAGCUGGAUAAAUGGUUAAAUAAGGUUACUUCACACAAGGCACCUAUUCUGAACCAAAACGGACUGGAGCUCUUUCAGUGUUACAGCAAAGGGAAAGAUGAAGGGCAAGACUGUGAACAUUUACCUCCCAUUUGCCAAACCGGUCUCAGAGAUAAAGAGGUUAAGAAUCCCAGCAAGGAGGACCUGAGGCCUAGGACAGCUAACAAAGCCCCGGGGCAUAAAGGAGGGAAGCAGAAAUCGCCUCCUUCGGCUGCUGCCAUUUCUGGAGAUAGUGGUCCUCUGAGGAGGACAGCCUGCAAAAAACAGCCAAGAAGGACAGAGAGGACCUCUGGUGGUGAUAUCUUAAAUGGCCAUGCAGCUGAUGAUCUUGACUUGAACCAAGUACAUUUGGAAAAUAAUAGCACAUGUGAACAACCUAAAACCAGGCCUUGCAACAACAAAGUUGAGCACAGGAAGGAAACACGUGCUGUCUGUGAAAAGAGGCGUACAAGGGGGUCAGGUAAAACAGCACCCAAAUCCAAGGAAUUUAUUGAGACAGAUUCUUCGUCUUCAACGUCCUCAGAUACAGAUUCUCAGUCAGAACAAGAGGAUUACCCUUUACAUAAGCCUCAGACUGUGACCUCAGCAUCAGCUGGAAGUGACCAGAAGCUGAAAGACCCUGGGAGUAAUAAUACCAACAAACCAAACAGCAGUUGUAGUGCCUUUGGUUCAGUUAACACCAGGACUAGUAACGAUAUAGCAAAGGAACUGGAAGAGCAGUUUUACACCCUGGUUCCAUUCGGUCGGAACGAGCUCCUAUCUCCCCUGAAAGACACAGACGAAGUGAAAGCACUUUGGGUCAAAAUUGAUUUGGCUCUUUUGACCAGAAUUCCACAGCACUUACCUGAGGAGCCACUGCAAAUUAAUGCUGGAGUUAAAGAAGCAAUCAGUAUGCAGCACAACAUUGUUACUGAUCUGCCGGCAGAAAAGGUCAUCCCCAAAUCUAGAAGGAAACGGAAGUAUGAAAAUGAGGAAGAAAACAGGGAGAGCAAGAAGAUUCACACUGAGCAAGAGUGCGCUUCACAUUUACUUGCUUCGGCCCAAGUUGCUUCUGCACCAAAUAAUUGCAAUAUGAUUAAAAACAGCUUGGCAACACCAAUAAAUAAAAAUGAGAAAAUGCUUCGAUCGCCUGUUUCACCCAUCUCUGAUGCAUCAAAGCACAAAUUCUCUGGUGAUGAUCUAACUUCUUCUAGCAAGCCUCAGGGUGGCAACCUAUUAUCUUCCAUAUCCUCAAUAAAAAAACACAAGAAUGAGAGUCGUUCCCACUUGCACCAAGGAGAUUUCAAUAAAGCAAUGUACAUCAAUUCAGAAAAUUCUGUACUCUGUAGCAAGGCACAGUGCCAAAAGGAGCCCUGGUCACCUGUAUCUAUUAUGCACAAAGACUGUAGAAGAACAAAGCUUAUCUUUAAUGAUGGGCCACACAAUGUGGAACACUUUAUGCAAGAAGCUAAAAGGAAGAAGCAUAAAGCGGAUGCAAUGGUGGAGAAAUUUGGCAAGGCGUUAAAUUAUGCUGAAGCUGCACUAUCCUUUAUUGAAUGUGGGAAUGCUAUGGAACAAGGACCCAUGGAAUCCAAAUCCCCCUACACAAUGUAUUCAGAAACAGUUGAACUUAUUAGGUACGCUGUGAGGCUAAAACCCCACUCAGGCCCUAAUGCCAUUCCAGAAGAAAAACAGUUAACGACAUUAUGUUACCGCUGCCUGGCAAUUCUAUAUUGGAGAAUGUUUCGACUCAAAAGAGACCAUGCCGUAAAAUAUUCAAAAGCACUUAUUGAGUAUUUCAAGAAUUCAUCUAAAGUUGCUCAAGUACCGUCUCCCUGGGGUGCCAGUGGAAAGUAUACGGGAACACCCUCUCCAGUUUCACCCAGCCCAUCUCCUGUGAGUUCUGUAGGGUCCCAGGGAAGCACUAGAGCCCCCUCCCCCUCCUCCAUCAUCAGCAUUCCACAACGGAUUCACCAGAUGGCAGCCAAUCACGUCAGCAUCACCAACAGCAUCUUGCACAGUUAUGACUACUGGGAGAUGGCUGACAACCUUGCCAAGGAAAACCAAGAUUUCUUUAAUGAUUUGGAUGCACUGAUGGGACCUGUCACCUUGCACAGCAGUAUGGAACACCUGGUACAAUACACCAAACAAGGACUCCACUGGAUAAAGAGCAGUACUCAGUUGUCAUAAUAACUGUGGCAUUCAUCUGGACACUAGACUCUCCCACAGACAAUUCAGUUAUUCUAGACACUGUGCUACAGAAAUACGCAACCACAGCAUUGCUUCAAACAAAUGUGAACCUUUAUUUAACAUGGAACAAUUUUUUUUCCAGAGUACAGAAAUAGGUGUGUAUGUAUAUUAUGCAAUGUUUGUCUCUUCCGAUGCAUUAUACUUUAAUAGUCUCCAAAUAUCACUUCUUUACAGAAGAAAACUAAACAUAGGUGUGUUAGAACAAACCCUCUCACAUAUAUACAAACACACACGUACACACACACACACACACACACACACACACACACACUCCUCCAAUAGAAAACUAUGGCUUGAUUUAUCCAGGUAUAAUAAACAUUACAUCUUAUUCAGAAAAGUCUUUUCUAUGUGAUAUUAAGUGUGUUCAUAAAUCUCUGCUUAGCUUUUCUGAAAAGAUGUGGUUUCGUAAACUAGGCCAAGUGCAGUUUCAUAGGCAGAUUUGCUCUAUCAUAAACUGUGUUUAUUCUGUGAUUUACAUUUCAACAGAGAUGGCCAAUUUCUGUUCCUUGGGAGCUCUUCUGUUUGCCAGACAAUAGUCUAGAUACCAGUUUGCAUGGAAACGGACAUUCACCCCUCCCCGCCAGGGCCAGCCCCUCAUGAGGCAGGGUCCACCUGGCGCAGCAGAUCCUGAUGUUGAUCUUUCUUCUCUUCCCCCACCUUUGUUCCUGAUAUAGAUCUACCCUGACCCCCUUCUUCCCUUGUGGGGGGGGGCACUGGGGACACCAUUUGGGGAUCUGCCUCAAGUGCCAAAAUGUCUUGGACCUGCCCUGCUCCCAUGAGCCUUAUGAAUGGUUAGGUUCCAUAUACGUUAGCAUUUAGCAGUAAGGGUUUCCUAGUUACAGAACAUCUGCACUCAGACACAACAGCAUAUAUGGUAAACAUACGUAAUCACAAUGAUGCCAUAUUAAAGUGUGAAACAUGUUUAUUACUUAGCAAUCUGAAAAUGGCUUCCUUCUUUUUUGAAUGAAACGGAGGAUAAAGUUUUUAUCAUACCUUGCUUCGAAUAUUGUGGGGUCAUUGUUGGCCAGAUCAAGUCCACAAGCUUCUAAUUGGCCAACCUUGUGAUUUACAUAGAACAAUAUUCAAUUCAUAAGGCCUGCUAUGUUUUGUGGCUAAAAAAACAACAAAAAACUAGAUUACAUGUAGAAUUUAAUAUUUGAUUUUUAAAUUAUAUUUUUUCAGAAAGCCAUUUAUACAUAUGCAUAUACUAUACUAGGGAACAGUCUUUAAAACUGGUUAUAGGGAGGUGGAAUAAUGACAUAGAAUGUAAAGGUAUUGGGGAAAGUAUUAUUUCUUUACCAACGGCGACAUUUCAAAACAAAUUGUAGCUGAUUCCACCAAUAAUGCUGCAGAACCAGUGCAUAAACGUACACACACAUUCUAAUGAUAAACAUUCAAGCAAUGUAGCAUAUUAGCAAUUUUUUUCUAGUUCAAAUUUAAUUACAUUCAAUUCUGUUUAUGUGCAAAGCUUGGUUUGCUGCCUUCUGUACUAAAAAUAAUCCGUUAUUUUCUUCUA